AACAUACCCAUGCGUCAUCACAUACAAAAAAUGGUCUCAAAUCUAUCAUCAACAUUAAUUAUUCAAAGAAAAACCAUCAUUUAUGGAAUUGUAUAAGAAAUUGCGGAACAAAAAAUUACUAAAAUUUAAUAGAAGUAUCAUAGAAACUUCAAAAGUUAUGCCUAUGAGUUCAACAAAAAUUCGUUCAGUUAAAACUGUAAAAAUCAAUUUUGAUCAUAGCAAUUUAAUUGCGCCACAUCCACGAAUAUCAUCUCAAGAAAACAUAAAUACUCGACGCAGUACUGUAAGAUCAUCGACCACAAGUAAUUCAGAUAAAUCAUUACACAAAUCAUCGAAUCCAAGUUUAGAUUAUUACUAUUCAACGAAUAGUCAACGCUCGUGUCAUAGUGAAAGAAAUCGAUACAAACCUGACAAAAUAAUCUAUAGUGCGUUUACAAGUGCACGAACACCAUUGUCUCCGAUCCAAAGUAUUAGUUCUAUAAACACCAUCCAAGAUGAAUCGUCAACCAACAAUAGUACACGACGAUCACAUCAAAAGCGAUUAAUCAAAGAUGAAAAUAAAGAAAAAGGAAUAAUUAAACAAAAUAAUGAAAAUGAUAGUUUAUUUCCAUCAGUAUCUCGCACAAAUGAUGUAGAAGUAAGUUCUUCAAUACAACCAUCUGUAAUAAUUGAUGAAAUUGAAAGAAAAUCAAAACAAACAAAACUAGAAAUUGAAAAUUUUAAAAGUGAGUUAGAAAAAUUAAUUAGUAGUAAUAUUACUUUGAAAGAAAAUAAAAAUGAACCUGAAAUUAUCACAAACAAACAAGUUAAAAACAUUGACGUCAGCAAAGAAAAUAUGGAAACACAACCAAUUCCUACUAAAAUUAGUACUAAUAAACAUCCACUCAAGAAAAAGUUAUUGCAACCUGUUGUGGAAACACCAAAAGUGGAAAAAGUCAUACAUUAUGAUCCAAAAUCUGCUAGGGAAUAUAUGAAAAAACAAAAAUUACAAAGACAAAAUAAAUUAAAAGAAGAACUACGUUAUAAGAUCGCUUUAAAAGAAGAACAACGUCGAAAAUUAAAAGAGUUACAGGAAAAAACGAUGUACAAUAAAAAUAAAUCGAAACCAAUGAAAAAGAAAAAAAAUAUUACUGAAAAAUGUCAAAAUAUGACAUCAUUGAAAGGAACAUUCGUUUCCGAUUCAAAACAAAACGUUUGCUCAAAUUCUAGUCAAAAAAUUGAUAGCAUCGAUGUUUUAGAAACAAUCCGAUCAUCAACUAAAAACGAAAUUGCGUUAGUAACACCAAACUGCCAUUUAUUAACCGAACCAUCUUUGGAAGAACGAAAUUAUGCAGCCACAAAAAUACAAUCUACGUAUAAAGGUUAUAAACAACGUGCUCGAUACCGAGAAAUAUUACAAAAGAAACGCACAGAAGACGCUGUUAAAAAACAACAACUUGAAAAAAUGAAAGCAGAAGAAUUAUUAAAAAAUUCUGCAAUUAAUUCGAAAGAAAAUGUACCGUCCUGGUUACAACCUGCCACUUUAAUGCCUUAUCCAUAUAAUUUUAUAACGGCUGUGAAACAAAAAAUUAACUUAGCACUUUAUGGAUAUCAAUAUCAGAAAAUACAUAGUUCAAGUACGAAUCUUACCUCGACACAACACACUAAGGAGCCAUCGUAUACCGAAGAAUUUGUGGAGGAUACAAAUGAAUCGGUUUCGAAAACGGAUAACUUAUUUCCACAUGGACUUGAUGCUGAAUCAAUUCAUUCAGAAAUUAAAUCAAUGCAAAGUAUAGUUUCAGAAUUGAAAUUAGAUUUACGUGGUAUCAAUUCGGCAACAAAUAGUGAAGAUUAUUAUUCGGGAAUAGUUGAUGAAAACGUUAGUGUCCAAUCAAAUAAGAAAUCGACUGAAAGUAGAAAAUCUUUAAGUGUACCAGUUAAGAAAUCAUCACUGCCAAGUCCAGAAGGAAGCCCGAAUAGUACCGGACAUGAUAUUGAAAGUGCUAUACUAAGUAUAAGUGCCUCAGAACAUAUUCCGUUCCAGCCGUCUACUCCAUUGUCACAAGCUAUUUCUACAAACAUAGACCAGUCUUCUAUAUUUGAUGAUAAUAUACCCAGCAACUCAGAAACAAAUUUCAAUUUAUUAAAGAAAAAUAUUGAUAAAAUUGUUACAAGUAUAUCAGAAACAUCAUCUAGUACUACUCCAGCCAGCAACAAUUUAUCAAAUCAAUCGAAGAAAAGUAAUAAUAAAAUUGUUAACAGUACUUUAAAAAUACCAUCAUGUACUAGUUCUAUUAGCAAAAAUUUAUCAAAUCAACAAAAACCAGAAAGCAUUUAUACAACACCACAUGAUGAAAUUCAAGAAAACAGCGAAAGUUCAUCUAGUCCUCAUUUAACAGCCGCAGAACAAUUAAUUCGACCAAAAGAUAAACUUAAUAUUAACACUGCACUUGCACAAAAUAUAUCAAAUGUAAAAAGUAAUGUAGAGAGAAAACCACAAGAAAUUAAUUUGAAAUUUGAAGCUGAAAUUAGAUUAUUAGAAACAUUUAGAGAAUCUUUAAAACAAAUUGCAGCCGAUAAUGCGGUUUUACUUCGUCAAUGUAUUCAAAAUGGCCAAGAAGUAAAUCGCAGUAAGAAGAGAAUCUCGUCAGUAAGAAGAGAAUCCCACGAAGUAAAUUACGAAUCAAAUGAUAAAAUUGAUUCUUCAAUGAAAAUAGUACAAACUGCUCAAACAGAAAAUACCUCGGAACACAUUCCGUCCAUUCCAUUAGAAGAAAAUAAUACAGACAGUAUUAAAACCAUAAGUUUUAAUGAUACAAAUAUAACGACUGAUAAUACAAAAACUACUACUAAAACUUAUAAUGAUAAGAAAUUAAAUAAAACUAAUAAUAUUUCGAAGAAAUUCGAAGAAAAACUUCCAUUUAUUAAUUAUAAACGUGGUUCGGGUGAAGUAAGUAAGGAACGUCAUAGUGAAAAAAAAUUUAAAAAGAGUUCAGAUAAUAUACACGUUACAAAAAUAUCCGAUGAUAGUUCAUCUAAAACAGACAGUAAAGUCGCAAUUGAUUUAGAAGUAUACAAUGGCGGCAAUACAAAUGGAUUUUCAUUAGAAAUGAUUGAUCAAGAAAUUCGAAAUGAAGAUAUUCAUUUAGAACACUUUAAAACAUUGUUGAAAAUUCGUGAAAAAGCUUUAAUUGAUCGAACUAAAGGAGAGUUAGCGUGGUUGGAGAUUACUAAAAAGCAAUUAAAGGAAAAAGGUAACAUUGUUCAAGCAUCCGCCAUUAAGAAAAAGCAACGUGCUCUAAUAUUACGACUUCAACAGGAGAAAAAUGAAAUGGAAAGAUUAAAGUUAAUGCACAAAGCGUCAUGUGAAGAAAGAAAAAUAAUGUUAAAGGAGCAAAAGAAUUUAAUAAAAAAGAAUUUAUCAACAAAAGAUAUGUUAAAACAAUUAAAGAAAAGUCGAGCAAAAGAAGUGAAAAGUACGGGACCCAUGAAAGUUUACGACGUAAAACAACAAAGCAAUGAAUCGGUAAUAAGUGCAUACGAUGACCCAACAAGUCAACAAUCUUAUUCCGUCUCAGAAGAAUUCAGUAUUCGAUCUCGUUCCGUUGUUAACGGUCAAAGUGAGAUUCAAUCAGAAGUUGAAUCCAUCGAUUAUCGUAAAAGUGUCACGGUUCGUAGUACGAAAAGUUCAAUGAUAAGCGACCCCGACAAGUUAAAAAAAUCAUUACUAAAAAAAGAAGAAGAAUUGAAGCGUCGGCGUGAAAGAGUUGAAGAAUUAUUACAAUGGCAUCAGCGACUUACUGAAGAAGAAAAACAAGUUGCUGCUUUAGAAGAAGAAGCUAGACAAUUAACAUUACGAAAUGAAGGUGACGAUAUAUUAUACUCAUUUUCUGGAGUAUAUUUAAACACAAUUUGGUUCAAUAUAACACAAAAUAAAGAAAAGAAGUAUGAUGACAGUAAACGAUACUUUUUAUCGAAAAUUGAUAUUGAUAACUUUUAUGAAGAUGCAAAAAAAGAAGUUCUCAGAAAGAUGAAUAAUCUAAAAAAUGUUCGUUCAUUAAGUCUUACGUCAUUUAAUUUAGAUAAUCCUAUGAUUGCCGACAAAUCAAAUGAAACAAAACAAAGAAAUAAAUUACCGACUGUAGUACAAGCCAUUCCAUUGCCGAAAAUAGUACCAAUAUCAUUACACAAAUCUGAAAUAUCAGAAAAAACUAACGAAUUAGAUCGAAGUAGUGAUAAUACAUCAAAAAUAGACAGCGAAUCGAUAACAUUAAAAUCUGAAAUAAAAUCAUCUGAUGAAGUUUUGAAACCUGAUGAAUCGUUAAAAACGGUAGAUGAUUUAAAAUCGCCAGAAAAAGAUUUAUUGGAAGUAUCUGAAGUAAUCAGUUUACAUGAUAAAACGAUUACUAAUUUUGAAGAAAUACCUUCUGAAUUAGAUGAAUCUAUUCAAGACGUAAAUGAUACUGAAAUACCUUCCCAAUCUCAAGCUGAGUUUGAUAUUUUGAACCAAGAUAUAGUCGAAUCACCUAAAGAUUUAUCAGAAACUGAUCUUAAUAAAAGCAAUAUUUCCAUUUCAAGUAGAAAAUCAUUAAGUGAACAAUUUUUGAUUAGAGAAGAAACAAAUGAAAGAAAUUUUCAUAAAUUGUCGAGCUCAAUCAGUAGUGAUAGUAAAAAAGAUGAAUCAGUCCAUUCUUCCGAUUCAAAAUCCUUAAAACUAAGUGAAAAUAUUCAAUCUGACAAAAUAGAGUCUAAAAUAGAUCAGAUCAGUCCACCAGAAUAUGUGGAUACGUUAGAAGAAAAAAUUUUGUCAAUAAAAUCUCUCUCGAAUGUAUCAUCAGAACAUCCACAUACUUCAGAAGGAACUAACAUAGAGAGCAUGUCGAAAUCUAAAUCUAUAGAAAUAAAUUUAUCUAAUAUUGGCUUGUCAAUAAAAUCUCUCUCGAAUGUAUCAUCGGAACAUCCACAUACUUCAGAAGGAACUAACAUAGAGAGCAUGUCGAAAUCUAAAUCUAUAGAAAUAAAUUCAUCUAAUAUUGGCAUAGAAAAUCUUAAUCAAUCUUCUAACAGCUUAGAGAAUAAUUCAAACGUAAUUACAGAAAAUGAAUCGGAAAGAAUAAAUAUUUCAAACGAAAUCGAAGUAAUCAAUAGCAGUUCAUCUAAUAGUGCAUUAGAAAUCGAUGAUAUUUCAAAUAAAUCAAUAAAUUUGGAAGAAAAUGAAUUCGAGGAUCAUUCAAAGAAAAGUGUCUCUGAUAAAAUAAUCGAAAGUAAUUUAUCAAUUCUUUCACCACAAAAUGAUAUUAAUACUGAUAUAUCAAUUAGAUCCGAUGAAAUAAUAACUCCUGAACUAAUAAAUAAUUCAUCAAAAAGUGUUAACAGUGAUAAUAAUUCAGAGAAACACUUUGAUUUAUCAGAGAAAAGUACUGAAUCACCAUUAAAUAAAUCUUUAAAGGAUGACGCAUCUAUUAAGUCAAUAAUCAUAGACGAUGACGUGAAUUUAUCUAAUGAACAUUCAAGUGAUAACAAAACAAAAUCUACGCCACAUUAUUUAAAUAAUUCUGUUAGUAAAGAUUCAAAUAUUAGCGAUGAAAUCAAUAAUAUUACAAACGGAAAUCUUGAAAAUUCAACUGAAAAUAUUCUAAAACCUGUUGACGAAUCUAGUGAUAUUGAAAAUAUCGUCGAUGAUCAUCAUAAAGAACACAUUUCAAAUAAGAAUGAUAUAACAGUGAUUCCUACAGAUCUCAAUGAUUUCACCCCAAAUUAUUCUCAAGAUGAAGAAAGUUAUACAACAUCAAAUCAUUCGAAAGAUAGUGUAUCAAGUUCCGAUUUUAAUUUAAUAUCUGCCACCGAUUUAGAUUUAAAAUUUGAUGAAUCAAAGGAUUUUGAUGAUAUUUUACCAUUAAAAAAUGAUAUUACAUUACUUGAAAAUAUUUCAAUGCCAGAAGUUGAUAUUACAUCGAAUAGUUAUGAUGAUACUGUAGAAUGUAAUGUAUCGAAUGAUACAUUUUUCGAUAAGGAAGAAAUUGAAGAAGAUAUUGUCAUUGAUGCAGAUAAUUUUGAGUCAACAGAAGUUGAACAAACGUCAGUUUCUGAUUAUGGAAAAUCGUCUACAAAUCAGUUGAUAGUAAAUGAAGCUGAAGAAUUGCUUAGAAAGCAACUAGAAAUAGAAUUGGAGAUAAAAGAGCUGGAAAAACAACAACAAUCAGAAAUUGUUCCAUAUGUUUACGUACGGGAAAUUCCCAAUAAACCACCGCCACCAUACACUCCGCCUACACCAAAAUUAGAUAAAUACACGAUUCCAUCAUCUUCAGAUCAAUUAACAAGUAUUUUAAUGAAAACUAGUGAUAUUCUAUAUACAGCAUACACGAAUAAUUCAUUAGAUAGUAUUGAACCUUCCACUGUUUUCGAGAACAGUGAUAACGAAAUUGAAAAUAAUUAUAAUCGAUUUUUAUUCGAUUUAUGUAAAGAAAUUACUUUCAAUUUCUUUAUUACAAACACAACCGAUGAAUAUGUACCAUCUUGGAUGAAACCAACUUGUAAAAAACUAUGCAUACAAAAACAAAAUAAUAAAAUGGAAUUGGAAAAUUUGAUUAUAUCGAAAGUAAACGAAUAUUUAGGAUUUUGUGUGACACCAAAAAAAGACAAUUUAAUUAUAUGUUGGAGUCGUAAGAAACGUGAUCACGUUGAUGAAUUAUUAUUGAAAGAAUCUCAAGCUGAAGAAUCUGAAUGGACCAAUUUUGAAAGUGAUGAAGUAGCCGUUAAAAAUGAACUAACAUCAGAUAUUUUUGAUUUAUUGUUAAACGAUACAAUAUCAAUUAUGCGUAAAAUAAAUAUUUUAAAGUAUUAUCAACUGUUAUCCGAAAAUUAA